AUGGCUCUAGUGAUGCCGGCUGACCAAGGGAAAUCCUUCAGCCAAUGUAGUGCGUUACACAACAUACAAGCAAUGGGCCCGGCGUCUGGCACAGAUAGAGAACACACUAAGGAGUUAUUGAUCGUCAUCAUAUAUAUAAACCAGCUCGCAAGCAGCGUUGUCGGAAACCUUAAGCGCAGAAUGCGGAGUUCCGUUUCCGGGGAGAAUCCGUGA